AUGCCUUUAAAAGGUAUUCCUCAAACAAUUUCACCGGAACUACUCUAUGCCUUAGCAUCGAUGGGCCAUGGCGAUGAAAUCGUUUUGGCUGACUCGAAUUUUCCAUCAGACUCGAUCGCGCGAGUGAAUGGCGCUCGUUUGAUUUCAUGUGACGGUUUACCAAUUCCAAGAUUACUUCGGCAAAUAUUGAAAUUAUUUCCAUUGGAUCAAUACGUUGCUCAACCAGUUGCGUUAAUGGAUUUAGUCGAGAGUGAUAAAAAGAAGGGCAUAGACGUACCGAUAUGGAAUGAAUACAAGCAAAUCGUGGGAGAUAAUGUACAAUUUGAAAUGGUUGAACGUUUUCAGUUCUAUGAACGAGCGAAGAAAUGUUUCGCAGUUGUUCGUACGGGGGAAGGUGCCAUUUAUGCAAAUAUUAUUUUGAAGAAAGGUGUCAUUCCGAAAAAAUCGGCAAAGAACGAGCAUGAUGAUGAUGCUGAAUAA